AUGAAGCGUGCAUUAUUCAACAGUCGUAUGUUAAUUUUUGUAUUUAUUUCAAAUUUAUCUAUUUGGUUAUUUCGCCAUAUGAAACCAAACUACGUAUUUGUAACGAUUACUCAAAAUAGUAAUAACUCAUAUACACCAUAUUCUAACGAGUGUAACGAUAGAUCUCGUCUAGCAGAUGGCUGGAAACCAGUUGGACAUACUAUUGAUGAACAAAAUUUACUUCAUAAUAUGUCUAUUGUUGUUGCUGCAUGGCCUGCAAAUACUAAAGAUAAUAUACCUACAGUACCAUGUUUAUCAGCUGAUGGUCAUUUACUUGUAUUAAGUGUUGCUGCAAGUCGUAUACGGUAUGGAAUAAGUCUAACUUUCGUCGCAGUUUAUCCAACCGAUAUGAAAGCUGUUUUACCAAAACACAUUUCAUCUCAUCCACUCGCAUCAAAUCAACAGAGCCUCUGGUGUAUAUUUAGUGAUGGGUCAGUAACACCUGUAUAUAUUUAUGAUUCGACAUAUUACCGCGAACGGGUAUCUCUUUUGGAUUGUCCACUUAGUCAGUUUGCUAAUGAUCAGCUAUGGAAACUGAAUCAGACAAUACGAGUCUAUCUUGCAUCAACAACAACAAAAGAUAGAAAAAUACCCAUACUUAAAGCAUUUGUAAAAGUUCCAGUAGUUUCUAUCACUUCAUUAAAUUCUAGUCAAGAAUCGUUUACAUUAUGUACUUCACCUUUACGUAAUAAAGCUAACUAUUUAGUUCAAUGGAUAGAGUUUCAUCGAUUAGUUGGAUUUACCAAAUUCGUCAUAUAUAAUACAACUGAUACUGAUAAUUAUCUCUCAACUGUUAUUAAUAUCUAUAAUCAAAAAUAUCCUGGUCUUGUUGAUGUUGUACAAUGGAGUUUUUCUACUCUUGGCCUUGCCGAUGUUGUCUCAAUACGAUAUUUUCAGGUAGAAGCAUUACAUGAUUGUCUAAUUCGUUAUGGUGAUCAAUCAGAAUGGUUAAGUGCUAUCGAUCUUGAUGAAUAUAUUGUACCACUACCUCCAUAUAAAACUAUUGUUGAUUAUGUACAGCAAAACUUUGGUCGACGAAUUAUAGGAUCAAUUAAUCUGAAAAGCCAAUUCUUUUGUAGUAAAAACUCUAGUAAAUAUACUCCAGAUGAGAAAGACACAAAUCGUUUAACUAUUGAACGAUUUACUUUUCGUGCACGUCAUCUAUAUGAGCGUGGACGUGAAAAGUAUUUGUAUCGACCACGUUUUGUUCAAUAUUUAUCAAUUCAUCGACAAGUAAUUGGACUUUCCAAAGAACAACCAUCAGAAAAGCACAUAACAAUUGCUCAUUAUGUAUCUAUGACUCGUCUACGCGCAAUGCGGGGAUGUGGUUUGAACGAGACCGUUAAAGACAAUAGCAUUCGCAAUCGAUUCGUUAAUAAAGUAAAAGAUGUAAUAGAAACUUUGAUGAAUAAGCAUUCAAAUCGAUCAAUUCUAUAA